AUGACGAAAGAUAAAAAGCUCGGCCGGAUGUCCACGACACCGGCGGAGAAGCGCCGCUCCUUCAUCCCAGGCGGCAGCAGCAGUAGCAACAGCAAGGAACAUACCAGCAGCGGCAGCGCCUCGAAUAGCAACGCUGCCGGCGGGCCCUCCUCGUCCUCGUCCAAGCCGCCGUCCUCAUCGUCGUCACAGCACGUUGGCGGGUCGUCAAACGCCCAUCACGUCCUGCACACCUCGAACCCGCGCACCAGCACCGCGAACAUCAUUGCCCCGCCUCCCCGCGCCCACCACGCUCCCGCGAACUCCUCCUCUGCGAGUCCGAACCCCGAGGACGGUGUCGCGGCGGCGGCCACGGCGUCGAGUAGCAGCAAAGAUGCCAAGGACAAGGAAUCAAGACACAAGGAGGCCGUUGGUGGCAACAGCAACAGCAACGCUGCCAACUCCGUAACCUCCACCGGGCACGGCCACGGCGGGGCCACCUCCUCCUCGGUCCAAAUCAAAGACAAGGACGCGCGCAUAGCGCACCUGGAGCGCGAGCUCGAGAUCAUGGAACGCGAGUUUACCCGCGAGCUCGACAAACUCUCCGCAAACGAGAGCGAGACGGCCGUCUUCUGGCAGGCGAAGCACAGCGACGUCAACCAGCAGUUCCUCCGUGCCGAUGCCGACCUGCGGCUCCUCCGACAAGAGUCCGAGGCCCGGGACGCCGACCGUGAUGCUUUACGGCGCGAGGUCGGCGAGCUGAGGGUGCAGGUGCGCGGGCUCAAGGAGUUUGUGAGCACGAGCACGCGGACGAGCGGGCAGACUUCUGACGAAGUGUUCUGUGACGGGAUGGCGAGGUUGAGUAAUGGGUUGCAGAAUUGGGUUAUUGUCAACUUUCGGAGGGCAAAGUUGGACUUUGCUGCAGCAAACGACGACGUGCUCGAGGAGCUCGGCCAGCUGGUACCAAUGUACGCCGACCUCAAGCCCUCGGCAAAAGUCCACAUGCUGCAGUCCGUCGUCUCGCGCGUGCUUGUCGAGACAAUCUUCGACUCGUACUUCUUCGGCCUCCCCAAGGAGCAGGCUGAGCAGCUCAAGGCUGUGGAGCAGACCCUCUCAGGCUAUGUCGACUCCCCAGAAGCAAUCAACAACUGGCGCUCCACAACCCUCGCCCUCCUCCACCGCGAGGCGGACUCCGAAAUGCAAGCCGAGACGUCAGCAGCAACAGACCGCGUCAUCGCCCGCGUAAAUCGCAUCCUCGACGCCGUCACGGACGCAGCUCCGGCCCCACCAGCCACGGGAGAGACCACCAACCCCCGCGACGCGGGUCUCCGCGCCCUAGUCGGCAGCGCGGCGGACCUCGCGCGGCAGCUCGCCGUGCAAAAGGCCGUCUUCCGGGUCCACAUGCCCGACAUUGUCCCGCACCAGCAGACGAAAUUCGACGCCGCCACCAUGGAGGAUAUCGGUGGCGAGGACGAGGAGGCAUUAUCGCAGCGCGAUAUCGCGUGCGUCACGUUCCCCGGCAUCAUCAAGCGCGGGGACGAGAACGGGGGCCACAUGCAGUAUCAGAAUGUCAUUGCCAAGGCUAGGGUACUAUGUAGUCCCGAAUGA